GACCUGUAAAUCGCAGCGAUGGCGUCAAGCGUAAUCAUAAGUGUGACAUUUCUAUUGAUUACGGUUCUGACUGCUGACUGCACGCCAUCUCCUCCACUGAAUGCCGCAGGCAACUUUGUUCAGUGUUUUGCUUCCACUGAUUGUUCUGGUAGUCCGUCAUCUAUCACUGCCACUGCCAAACAGUGUUGUAUUGGUAGUGAUGAUUCCUUGUCUUACAUGACUCCUGAUGGCUGUAACAGGUGUAUUGUUCAUGGUUUUAGGAAGGCAAAACUCGAUAUUACUGAAGGACAGGAUGGAAAUAUUGAGUUUCUCAAGAAUGUGAAGGGACAAUCACGUUAUGGGAGACUAGGACUGCCUCUCUUAGGAAAUAUCACAUCCACAGCAGUAACUGCAGGGGCCAGUGACUUCAGUGACAUUGGGGUGAUAGAAACUGACAACGAAGGACAGGCAGUCUUUACUAUAACUGCCAAUGAUGAUGACACAGUAUUAGAGAGUAUUGAAUCUGUGAGACUAAAGUUUACAGCAUUCUAUACCCAAUUCACGGAAGAGCUAGAGAGUGUUGGAGAAUACAUUAGAGACAUGGCAUAUGUACACAUUACUGACAAUGAUGGUGACCCUUGUUUUAUUGGGUUCACUCUGGGGCAGUACACUGUCAGUGAAGGUGCUGAUUCUGUUAGUGUUUGCAUCAACCUAACAUGUCCUGCCAACAAGACCAACUCCAUCAGAAUGGAGGUGUACUCUGAUGAUACUGUUGCUGUCCCUCGCCCACUGGCAAAUGGUAACUUUCCCAGCAUUGAAUGUGAGUAUACAGCGGAGGACUUUGACGAUUAUGAGCAACAAAUUCGUGGCUGUAACAAAAUGCAGUCGGUGACUAUAGAAGAAGGAGAGACAUUGUGUUAUGACCAGAUAAUCUAUGAUGAUGCACGUGUGGAGCCAACAGAGUAUACUGGCCUCACACUUCUUAUUAAAGAUGCUACAGCUGCCACCGUUAUUGAAAGAGGGCACACUGUCAUACGGAUUGAGGAUGAUGAUUCUGGUGUAGUCGGUCUAGAAAGUGGAUAUUUCUUUUCGGAAUUAGCUGGGUCAUUUCAAAUGUGUGCUACAUGGCGAUCACCCACAAGUACAAGAUGCCCCUUUGAACAUUCUUUUAGUGUUCCACUGUCUAUAGACAGAUAACAGUGCUGAUAUUGGAUCUCUGUUAGAUCCCUUGUCAUUGCUUUUUGAAGAUUGCCAACAGAGAUCAUGCGUAGACAUACUUAUCCAUGAUGACCACACACUAGAGGAUCUUGUUGAGGUGUUCACAGUUAGUUUGGAAGCAGUACCAGAUCUGAGUGACAGGAUUAUCCUGAAUCCCGCAGAGUCCAGAGUUUUAAUCAUUGAUGAUGAUGUGCUUCACAUCAGUGUUGAGGAUUUUAGCAUCAGUGAACGUAAUUCAUCUGUUGAGGUGUGUGCUCGGUUGAGUUCUGAUCCUGAAACAUGUCGCGUUGAUUUCGAGUUCAACGUUGUUUUCUCUACUCAGGAUGUAACUGCAACAUCAGGUCAUGAUUAUGAGUCAAUAUCUACCACUGUAAGAGCAAUGCCUUGUCAGCCAGUCAUCUGCACAGAAGUUACAAUCAUUGAUGAUGACACGGUAGAGUUGCUGGAGAAGACUUUCACUGUUCGACUGGAAAGAACUCCUGGUCUUGACUACAGGAUCUCACUUGAAGAUACACCUGCAACCAUCACCAUCACUGAUGAUGAUGUUACUAGGUUUGGUCUGAGGGACACUGAUCUUGAAAUUUAUGAUAAUGAGACAGAGAUUGAAGUGUGUGUUGAGGGAAAGCCACCCUACAACAUUGCAGUUUGUCCGGUGGGAUUUCAUUUCAAUUUGAAAGUUUCCGUUCAAGGUGAUAAUGAUGGAACUGGUGAUGACUACAUUACUAUGACUGUUGAACAAUGUGCCAUCCGAAAGUGUGUUCUGGUUCCUGUGAAUAUCUCUGCUGUCAAUCAACUCAGUAUCAACCUGGAACCUCCAGCCAAUCACGAUAACAGAAUUGAGCUUGUUGAUGUGAAGCACAAUAUAACUAUUUCGUCUACUUUCGUGGCAACAGUGGAAUUUGCGAGACGGUCAUUGACUGUACAAGAGGAGGAUGGUAGAGCUGAAGUGUGUGUGUUAGUUACAGCUCAUGGUCAUCAUUCAGAGUUAUCCAUCUCCAUUACCCUCUCAACUUCAGAUGUCACAGCAGUGGCAGGCCAGGACUACAAGUCGCUACAGUCGAUCCUCAGAUUGGACCCUUGUGAAGAGAAAGCCUGUUUUGAUGUGGCCAUUAUUAAUGAUGUGAGGGUAGAAGAUAUGGAACAGUUUACUCUUAGUCUAGUCUAUGAUGUUGGAAGUGGUGGUGAUGUUAUCGUAAAAGAAGACAAGGUUGAUAUCUGGAUCAAUGAUACUGAUGAAGCCUUAGUGCAGUUGGAAAGGGAGCACUACUCUUUAAUCGAAGGAGAAGAAUGUGAAAUAUGUGCCAUUUCAUUAGUUGCUGUGGAAACAGAGAUUUGCAUCAGAUUUAAAAUCCGUAGGAUAAAAGUGAAAAUCAGUAUUACAUUUCCCCAACCAAGUUGUGCGAUAUUCCGUGUUCAAGAUAACAAUAUCCUUGAGAAUCCCUCUACAAGACCUAUAACACUAGAAAGCGAUGAUAGUAGGAUAUCUAUAAUUCGGAAUGGAUCGAUCACUAUCAGAGACAAUCCCAGUUUUGAAGCUACUGUGGGACUGGAUAAUAUGACAUAUACUGUGAAGGAAGAUUAUUUACAACUUAAUGUCUGUGUUGUGGUGUUUUCUCCGACCACUGCCUGCCCUAUCGCCUUCCCCUUUGAGCUGAUACUUGCUGCAAAUCCAGGCACUGCAUUCCAAGGACGUGAUUAUACACUCAAUGACAGGGCUCUGAAUUUUGGUGAAUGCAGUAAGAAGGAAUGUCUGACAGUAGACAUCAUUGAUGACGACCUCAUUGAAGACACUGAAACCUUUACCAUCACUCUACAACCACCAAGUCAAGACUUCACUGAGCGCAUCAUUCUAAGUCCUAAUGUGACUACUGUUACCAUUGAAGAUGAAGAUAUGGCCAUUGUCACUUUUGACAGAACAGAGUAUAUUGUCCAGGAAACAAGUGGCAGUCUAACAGUCUGUGCAAGUGUGAUUAGCCCUCGAGUGUCUUGUCCAGUCACCAUUCCCUUCUCCCUGACCUUACUCAUUUCCGAUAACACUGCCUUAAAUGGCUCAGACUAUGUGACAUACAGAGUGCAAACAAUAGAGUUUGCCCGUUGCAGGAGAAGUGCGUGUGCUCCCCGUCGUAUUUCCUUUGUCAACGAUCCCUAUAAUGUGCAAGUGGAGAAUGUGGAGUUUUUUACCCUCUCCCUCCUCAGUGAUGUUCCUCUGGUCAAACCUGAUCCCAGCACUGUUGUUGUCACAAUCCGUGAUGAUUCAGAAAGGGCUUGUAUCCGACUGGAGAAAACAACAUUUACUGUAACAGAAGGAGUGAAUGAGACUGUGAGAAUAUGUGCAGAGAUUUACGACCCCACACCAGACCGGAGCUCCUGUCCAGUUGUCUUUGACUUUGAAAUAAAUCUAUCAGUUGAUGGGGAGGACUUCCCAAUGGCAUUUGGGCCGUGUUCUCACAGAGCAUGCGUGUCCGUUCCAAUUGACGAUGAUGAACAACUUGAGCUGACAAAAACAUAUACAUAUCGACUGGAGAGAACUGAUGAACUUGACAGAAGGAUCGACAUCAACACCACAUCAGGAACACUCACAGUCAUUGAUGACCCCACAGAUGAGGCGGUAUUAAAGCUGGAACAACCAGCAUACAGUGUCCAUGAAGAAAGUAGAAGUGUUACAGUCUGUGUUGAAGUUUGCAGACCAGUAAUAGAUACUCCAAUCGAUUUCUCCUUCUCCGUUCUCCUCAACACUAUUGACGGCACUGCUGUCAGCACACCCCGGGGAGAUUUCAGAGCUGAUUUCAGUGCUUUACAAAGAAGACCACUCUAUUUUUCUGUUCGUGAGACGAGAGAGUGUUACAACAUACCCAUCACCAAUGACGACACCCAAGAAGACACAGAGACGUUUACUGUCACUGUCAAUAGGACCUCUAGUCUGGACCCCAGGAUCAGAUUAGAAGACAAUGUGGCAGUGGUGUCCAUCAUUGAUGCUGACAUUGCUACAGUGGAGUUUGAAAGUACGGCGUACAGUGUGAGAGAGAAUGCUGGACAAGUGCUAGUGUGUGUGGCUAUCACCAGUCGACAUUCCUACUGUCCUGUGGGCCUAUGACUUCUCACUAGUACUCAUGAGCGAUGGAGGAAGUGCAGGUAAGAUAAGUCCUCAUUUCAGUAAGUUACUGUUG